AUGGGUUCCACACUCGAUGAAAUCGUUCGAGGCUAUUCGGCCUUGAACGAGGAGAUGCAGGUUCUUUUCCAGGAAUGUCGUGCACUCCAAGCAAAGCUCGACGGACGAUGCCCGGUCGGGUCACAAGGGACCCCUUCACAGCCGGCUGAUAUCGAAGAGCACUUACAUAGUCGAGGGGGGUGUAUCGACAAUAAGAAAGAGCCAUGUCAACGAUCAUCGCAUGAUACCUGCACGAACUGGUUGUCCGUCCUCCUAGACCACCCGGAUGAUACCCGCAGAAAGCGAGCCUUGGACAUUCAAAUAGCAAAUAAUCUCAUUGACGGGAUGAACAACGCCGCCCGCUGUCCCGUCUCGGGGAAACCCGCGUCCCCGAAAAAUAAUGCUCAACCCGCUAUCGGAUGUCCCUUCGCGUCGCGGCAAUCUAAACUAACCCUCCCAUCCGCCCAUAUCUCUGCAAACCCCGCCGAUGCUAGCUCUGCCGUAGGUGACCCCAUCGCCGCCGAACUCGGCACCGCCGCGCCCACCAGCAUCCCUUUCUCCUGUCCCUCCGGCUCGGGCGACAGCUCCACGGCGGUGUGCCCGAUUCGGUAUCUCGACCUCCAUUCCCCGGAGGAGAUCGCGGAGUACUUCCAAAAGCACAAGCACGAGAUCCCGCGGAGCCACGAGGUGUGUGUGCGGAGGUAUCAGACGAAUUCCGACAGCGUGCGGCGGCUGGAUGCGAAGUAUGGGAAUAUGGUGAGCAUGAUCCAGGGGCUGAGCGUGAAGCACAAAGAUCUGCUACCACCGAAAGAGGAGGAGGAGUUACAGAUGGAGGCGAGCGGGGAGCGGGUGCAGCAGUGGAGUGAGGAGGUGCGCAAGCCGGAGCGGAGGGAUGGCUCGGAGGUGAAGGAUGGGAGAGAGCAGCGGUUCGAUCGGCCGCUGCGGGAGGUGCGGUUGGGAGAGUCGCCGACGCGGCCGUGGGGGGUGCCGAUCCCGGUUGAAUAUGAGGAGAAGGCGGAGGCUCGGCAACGGGAGGAAUCGAAGGGCGCAGAUAAGGGUGGAUGCCCGCUGGGAAAGGCAACUGAAAAGCUCGCUUCGGCCGACAAGCCAAACGGCUUACAUGCUGUGGUUAUGGACGAAGAUGGCCAGAAGCUCCUUCAACCCCAGCAGGACGACGGGGCGAAGCGGCCGCAGAUGAUCUUCAACGGACCGGUGUUCUUCGGUUAUUCUGCCGAGCAAGCUCAAACCAUCCUCCAAGCUCUCCAGAAAUGA